AAUGCACACUGGACAAUUCUGCGCGUAUUACACCAUCAGGCUGUUGGCCGAACGCAGAUCGCGUGAAACAUCUCGCGCGAUCUGAAUAUUCAAGAGCGUGUCCCAACCCGCUGGUACACGUAUAUAUUCGCGCGGGGAACUAUGAAAUCUCCCCCCGAGCGUGCCAGCCGCAAGUGCGCACCGAGUGCGCACGAAGCGCGAAGGAAAUAUGGCCGCGACGGCCGCGGUGCGUGUUGCCUGACGAGGAAGGGACAGAGUCUUACCGGGGUCGGACGGGCAGGAUGACCGUCUCCAUUGUUUCGUGACGAGCGAGGUCCGGGCUUCGGUAAAUUGGCGUUCCUAGGCGUCAUGGAUUUAGGCCUGUCCAGCACGUUGAUGGCCGGUGAUCCGCGGUUGAUCGAUCAUAUAGUGGGCGAAGUCAAGUCCCAAGGUAUCUUCGAUCAGUUCCGGAAGGAAUGCAUCGCCGACGUCGACACAAAGCCCGCGUAUCAGAAUCUGAGGACAAGGGUCGAAGGCUCCGUAAACUCUUUCCUUAGCAAGCAACUAUGGAUGCCGGACCUGAACAAGAAUCAGCUUAGGGAGAAUUUGCGCAAGCACAUACACGACGCUCCGUAUCUAGAUGCCGGCGUGGAACGGAUAGUGGAUCAAGUGGUGAAUCCCAAGGUCUAUUCGGCUUUCAUGCCGCACAUAGAGGAUGUGGUGUACAAAUUUCUUGGUAUCGAGAGACCGAAGGCGAAGGAGAAGAACGGCGCUUGCGGUCUGAAGGACCUGUUGCCCAAAGAUCUGGACCCGGUCUCGCCAGAGUCCGACAAGAACAGCUUGAAGGACGAAUCUCUCGAAUCCUUGGAUAUAAACGACAUAAAUGAUUUUGACAGAAAGCAGGACGAGAGGGCCGACGAACAGAGGCUGCGAGACGAGGAACUGUACAGGGAUAAGAACAGAGCUGGUUCGGAAAACGGACACAUUUUCGUGGAGGAGAAAACGUCAGAUGAAGCUUACAAAAUUCUAAAUAAGAAUGGAAAUAAUUCAAACUUGAACACGUCCGCAAAAUCGGACGAUAGAGUCGACGACGAGGAGGAGGAGGUCAGUCCCACGUUCGAGCCUAUCGACAUCAUGAACUUAAAUGAAUCCAACAUUUCCAACGAUUCGCAUUUAUCGGGAAUAUCGGAGUUAACGAGUCACCGAUCCAGAAGCCCAGAUUUUUCGAAUGAACUGUCGCGGGAUAACUUCGAGUAUAGCAAUCAAGAUUCUCAGCUGAGCAAAGUCUCCUCGGAUUCCCGGCUGUCAAUAGUGACGGACUUUGGCUCCUCUAAUCACGCUUUAACGCCAGUGCACGACUCGUCAAGAGAUGAAACGACAAAGGAUAAGUACGAGGCCAAAAGCAGCAGAGACAACUUCAAGGCAAUCAGGGAGUUGGAUUCGUCUAAGAGCAAGCCGGCCAAGAGUAGUUUUGACUUCAAAGGCAAAGAUGUGCAAGAUUACAAAGAUACGAAAGAUUUUAAGGGUACCAAAAGCGUAUCUUCUAAGGAAAAUUCGCGUGAUGCCAUGGAUAGUGGUAUCAAAGACAAGUAUGAUCACAAGAGCAGGGAGAAGAGCAAAGAUAGCGAGUCCAAGUUGUCGAAGAGCACGAAAGAAAAAUCUGCCAGCAAGGACGCCAAGUAUUACAAGGACAAAAGCACCGAGAGAAAGAGGUCGAGUGAGAAGUACGAUAAGCACAGCAGCGAGAAAUACGAUAAGCACAGUAAAAGUAAACCUAAAGACAGAACUGACCAGGCGAGAGAAAGUUCCGAUAAAAUUAAAGAUAUUUCAGAGAGCUUAAAGGAUAACGCCAACAAACUCAAAGACGAGAAGCUUAAAGAAGUCGAUAAGAAAGACAAGGAUAACGUCAAUAAAGAGGUGAAAGAUUUGAAAGAUAUUUACAAGGAGAAAAUUCGAGAACUUCGGGAGAAGAAAGAAUUGACAGAGAAGGAGAAGUUGAACAAGGAUAAAGAUGUGAAGCUUAUUAAGGAGACUAAAGACAAAAAGGAUCCUGCUAAGGAUAAAAAAUCGAACAAGAAAGAGCACAGGAGUUCGUCGUCGUCGUCGUCAUCGAGAAAUCCUGCAAGUUAUCACGAAAGUAAGAGCAGCAAGGCGUCGGAAAAGACGGAUGGAAAGGAUAGACGGUCGGACUCGAAGGAUAAAGCAAAGCGGGAUGAGAAACGAUUGUCGAAAGACAGCAAGGGUAAGAGUCAUUACAGUAGCAAAUCGGAUUUAUCGGACAAGUCCGACAAGUCGGAUUCAAAGAAGGUUUCCAAAAAUGAGAAGGAGGAUAAAGGUGGAAAGGUGGACACGAAGAAGGACGUCAAGGCGAGCGGCGAGAAAACGACGAACGGUAAGAGGGACGCCAAGAGCCACGUGCAACAGAACUCCGGCAAGAAUUCGGAGCGCGUCGACAAGUCGGACGGUAGAAAAGAGUCGAAAAGCGACAGUCCGUCUAAGGAUAAGAAGCGUCGAGACGACAAAAAGUCCAAGACGAAGGACGAUCACUCGAGUCUACGGAAGAACUCGAACGAUCGGCGUUCUACCGACAGGGAUGGCUCGAACGGCUCGAAUAACAAGACCUUACCGCCCAGCAACUCGAAUUCCAACGUAACGAGCACCAAGUCGAGUACGUCGAAUUUGACCAAGGACAAUCACGUCAGUAAUUCCGGUAGCGAGACGUCGGACAGCAUCGCGGAGAAGACGCAAGUGAGCGAUUCGAAGACGCCGCAUCAGUCCAAUUGUAAGUUACCGCCUAAAGUCAGCUCGCAACUGUCGACAAGUGAGAAGAGCCACUCGAGGACGGAAACCGACAACAGCAACGAGGCGUACGACAGGCAGGAAGAAGAGGAAGAAAGCGCGGAUUCACGUGACGCGAGCCUGCCGCUGAAGAAGAGGCUGCUGCCGGAUAAAGACGGCGACUCUACGUCCGACGUGAAACUGAAGAAACCGAAAUUCGCCAAGAACAUACACGAAGCUAAGAAACUGAUGAAAAUCAGGAAGCAGAUGGAGAAGCAGAAACUCAAGGACGAUAAGAAGGUAGAGAAAAAGGUUGCGCAGGAAGCGGAUCAAACGAGUCAGUCGAGUACGAAGAACAAUCUCGACAAUAUCGAGGGCGUGCCGGACGACGAGCGGGUUCAAAUUAUAGAGAUCCCCGACGAGGAGUACGAAGAGCCUUACCCCGAGAAGCACGAGCCCCGUUUGUUGUUGGACGAGAGGUCAAUAAUAAUGCCGGGAACCGAGUCUUGCGCCAACGACUUCCUGAAGGAGUUGCGUACGGGACAGUCUUCAAGCGGAGCGGUGCCGAAUGUGCCGUCAGAGGAGGCACAGGUCACGCAGGAUGCCAAAGCUGACGAGAAACUUGACGCGCAAUCGAACGAUUCGCACGUUGAAGAAAAGGCUUGCGAGGAAGAUUCGCAGAUCUCUAAAGAGAGGCGCGAGGACGAGCCCGAGGAAGGUCCGAUAAAUGAGACUGAACGCACGAAUGCUGACGAAGAGAAACACCGUGUAGAAACGGAGGAAACGCGUGUUUCGCAGAAGCUGGAGGAAACUUUAGCUUCAGAAGAAUCGAAAUCUCCGAGUCGCAACGAGGACAGAAGCGUGGAACAAUCGACAGAAGAGAGUGUGGCGAUACGGGAUUGUAAUCUAGCUGAAGCACAGGACGAUAACAAAGAAACGAAGGAUGGCGAUACGUUGGAAAUACCAGGCGAUAGUAGAGGAUUAUCGGAUGUAAAGCAAACAGAAACGCGUGCGUCAUUCGAGACUGACGCAAUAGAUUCAAAUACCGAUUGUACGGGAAACAGGUCCUCGUCCUCCGCGAUCAGCGAAGACAACGAGGAUUGCCGUUACUUCAAGACUGACAACGAGAAGUCGGAGAGGUUCUCCAACUUCUUAGAAUCUCUAGAACUCGUGGAGAGCUCGUCCUUGGAGGAAAUAAUUGAGAGCCUAGGCGGCAAGGUGGUUUCCUCGAUACCGAGAUCCAUGGCGCCGCCGUUGCCGAAGUCGCGCAAGCGCUCGUCCAGUCCCUUGUCGGACAUACUGAUGAACAACUCGGACAACAACAACGACGGCCACAAGCAGAAGCUGUCGUCCUCGCCCAACGAGAACGCGGUGCAUAGCGUGAAGAAGAGGAAAUUCACCAAGAAACCGAGAUUCUCCAGUUUAUGUAGCCCCCAAGGGAUCUCGAAUGGCGAGAACUUUGUCAUGCCUUUGAGCCCCGACAGCGACGUGUCCGCGACGAGCGACAAAACGGCGUCGUCUAACGUAGUCAAAGAAGAAAAGAGCCGUAAUAGGACCAGUCAUCAGCGAUACUCAAGCGAUGAUUUAUAUAAACCACGUCCGUUAUUUUCAAGUUCUUCUCGUCGAAGCAGACGAUCUAAUCAAGCAUAGCUAGCGCCCCAUGGAUUCAGGUUCAAUAAGCACUAUACGAUUUCCGAUCGUAUUUAUUUCGUUUCGUUAUACAGUAAUAUGCAUUGUGUAUCAUUACAAUAUCAUUACAAAAAAUUCCUUAUUUAAUUUACCACCUUCUUCAAUUUAAUCAACUAUUUCGUUUCUCCGUUGAACAAUAAUGACGUAAAAGUAUGUGCAUAAUUAGACAUUUAUAAUUAGUUUGAAACUUAGUUAAUACAUACUGAAUUUUAUAUAACAUUUUAAUAAUCCUUUUAUUAAAGUACAUGAUACUUUUAUUUUAUAACGUUUUAUAAUACUUGGAACAUUUGUUUGCACCUGAAAUUCUGGAUACGAGCUAAGAAAUUUAUGUUACCAAUUAUAAUAACUUAUUAAUACCUAUGAGGUUUCGUAGAUAUUAUCGACUAAAAAUAUUUUAGUCAGCGCUUCAAUGAACGAGAGUUUAUUAAUUAGAAUAUUCCUUUAACAAGUUUAUAUAUUUCGAGGUGAAAAUGUUGUCGGCUUCAACUAACAUCUUCCAUAUAAUAUCUAAGACAUGUUGAAGAUUAUAAUGUUAAAUAUUAUAACAAAAGAUUGAUUGCGUAAGUUUUGGCGAGUGCGAGUGUUGGAAAGAAGUACGUACUUUUUUUUUCGGGAUAGCAUACUCGUCUACUGUCCACUUGUGUUGGGAAUGAGUGUCUCUACUUGUACGUAUGCAUAUACAUACGUUUAUGUACGAACGAGUAGUCGUGGAUCGUAGAACGCAACUUGAAAGUUAUUAAGAUUGUAAGGUUUGCACAAUCGACUCUCGUCGUCUCUCUACGAUACUGUUGGACUCGGUCUAACAAAAGUGUUUGAGCACAAUUGUCCCUCUUUUAAGCUGCAAUCGAAAUCCACGAAAGAAACUCGUCCUUCCGGUUCCACACGUAGACCGUCGCAUCAUUAGGAUGACAUUAAAGUGUGUAUACGUAAUUUAUUACACGUUUAUCUGUGCAAGUUGCCGAUUUUAACAACGCGAACAACUUUUUAUGAUACCCACGUACGUAAUUAGACGCACUACAGAUGUACAACGGUAUAUAUAUAUAUAUAUAUAUAUAUAUAUAUUUAUAAGGUUGCGCAACAGGGUGUGUGCUAGACUACCUUUCCGCUUAUACCAGUUCUGUGGAAUAGGACAGUUCUUAUAAACAUUUGUAGAUUUUAUACCGCGAGUGGGUUAGCGAUUAAUCUUUUCCAGAAGCAUUCUUAUAAGCAACUCCGGCGUGCGUGUGUGCGUGUGUACAUAUAAGAGUUGAAAGACUCUACGAUACUGAUCGACUGUAAGAUAAAGGCAAGGGAUCAUCGAUAAGAUAAGAUAAAAUCAUUAUAGAGUAAGCGCCAUAUGAUGUAAAAUCUAAUCUUAAGUUCUCAAAGACCCAGUUCGCGUUGUAGCUCACGUCGUCGGAGAAAGCUGAUACGAUAUUCCUUAGUAAUUUUCAUAUCCCUCCAUCUUCGUCUCUUCACGUUAUUUAUACCAUCGUCUUCUAGCGUAAAUCAUUUAUUACUAGAAUGAUACUCCGAUUACAAAGUAAUAAACAAAGAAAAAGAAACCUCCCGAAGUGUCUUGUCAUUCUCACAAUAAUUCAUGGCGACACGAAGACUGGGAAGAGCAGCGUAAGACUGCGAUAUUACGUCACAUGUAUCUUUAGAUCUAUACUUUAAGAAACGUAUUCUUAUUUCUACUAGCUAUACCGAUAUUAUCAGUAAGCUUGUAUAAAUAUGUACAUACAAAAGGCGCGUGUGUCACGUCUUACUUCAGCAAGAAUAUUACGAGGCAAAAUUUUGUACGUUU